UUUUAAACCAAAAAAAGAAAAGAAAAACAAAAUGACUGUCACUGAGCCUGUUGAGAAAGUAUUAACACUUAAAAAUAUGAAUCCACUUAUCAAAAGUGUCGAAUAUGCUGUUCGUGGUCGCUUGGCUAUUCGUGCAGAAGAGAUUAGAACUGAUAUGGAAAAAGGAAAAGGAGACAAAUAUGAUUUUGAUAGAGUAGUUAAUUGUAAUAUUGGUAAUCCUCAGCAAUUAAACCAAAAACCUAUUACUUUUUUUAGACAGGUCUCUUCUCUUUGUGAUAAUCCAGAUCUCUUAAAGAAAGAAAAUCGUUCUCUUAUAUCUCAGUUAUACCCCUUGGACGCAAUUGAACGAGCUGAAUUAUUAUUAAAAUCAAUUGGUAGUGUAGGCGCUUAUUCUCAUUCCCAGGGAGUUCCCUUCAUUCGUAAUACUGUGGCUCAAUUCAUUGAGAGACGUGACGGAUUUGAAGCAGAUCCUAAUCAUAUCUAUUUAACACAAGGCGCAUCCUCAGGUGUUCAAACCCUUUUAAACAUUUUAACAGAAAACAAAAAUACAGGUAUUAUGAUCCCCAUUCCUCAAUAUCCCCUUUAUUCUGCUACCCUUUCUCUUUAUGGUGCUACACCUGUGCCUUAUUAUCUGGACGAAUCAACAGGUUGGAGUUUGGAUAUUCAACAACUUGAACAAGUUGUAAUAGACGCUCGUAAGCAAGGUACAGACGUUAGGGCACUUGUCAUCAUUAACCCUGGUAAUCCUACCGGUCAAUGUUUAACAGGUGAAAAUAUGUGUGAUAUCGUAUCCUUCUGCUAUCAACAUCGUCUUGUCUUGUUAGCAGAUGAAGUCUAUCAAACAAACAUUUAUCAAUCUCAUGAACGUCCCUUUGUUAGCUUUAAAAAGGCUUUAAUGGAUCAUCCUAAUCCCGAAGUGAAACAAGGGGUUGAAUUAGUAUCUUUUCAUUCAAUCUCCAAAGGUAUGGUAGGUGAAUGUGGACGUCGUGGUGGUUACUUUGAGUGCGUUAAUAUAGAUAAGGAGGUCAUGGAACAACUGUAUAAAAUGACUUCUGUCUCAUUAUGUCCUAAUUUGCAUGGACAAAUUUUAGUCGACCUGAUGUGUAACCCUCCUAAAUCUGGAGAUGCUUCUUAUGAGUCAUAUACUGAAGAAAUAGACGCUAUUUAUGUUUCUUUAAAAAGAAGGUCUAAAAAAUUGGAAGAAUGCUUUAAUAGUCUUGAAGGUGUUAGUUGCCAACCUGCACAAGGAUCAAUGUAUCUUUUCCCAUCUAUUACUCUACCAGAAAGAUCUAUUGAGGCAGCAAAGAAACUUAACAUGGCCCCUGAUGCUUAUUACUCACAUGCCAUGUUAGAAGCUACUGGUGUUUGUGUCGUGCCAGGAUCUGGAUUUGGUCAGAAGGAAGGCACAUGGCAUUUUAGAUCUACUUUCUUACCUGAAGAACAUUUAUUUGACAAUUUCUGUUCUGCUCUUAAAAAGUUCCAUAAUCAAUUCCUCGAAGAUCAUAAAGAUUAAACACAAUAUGUUCAUUAUAUACCAACUAGUAUUGUUUUACAAAACAAAAU